GCUAGUGAACUCCAUUUCCCACAAUCCGUUGCGGCAUCACUUCUGUCGCCUUGGUUAUGAGAAGGAGGCCGCCGACAACACGCACAUUCUCAUUCUCAAUCAGUGCUCGCAGUCGCGGUGGUCCCACAAUGCAAGGAGACGGCAGCCAGUGGGAGGUGAGUGACCAGACCAGACUGUGUCGCUUCCUCUGCUACGGCUCAGACCAGAUGACCUACGCUACCAGAGACCAGGCAGGUCCGGGCAUGGAGCGUGUGGGAUCCCUGCUCUCCAUGCUCCAGGAGGGCCAAGGCGUCCUGGUGGUGGAGACCAUCCAGAAGUUUGCUCAGGAAGGACAAGCGGUCCGAGUGGAGCCCUGCAUUUUUGCCUUGGCGUUGUGCUCGCAACACUCUGAGCUGAAGACCAGACAGGCGGCCUUCAAGGCGCUGAAGGAGGUUUGCCCGCGGCCCGCCCAUCUUUUCUCUUUCAUCCAGUACAAGAAAGAACUGAAGGAAGACAUGAAGUGUGGAAUGUGGGGACGGGCCCUCAGAAAAGCCGUGUCCGACUGGUACAGCAAGCAGGAUGCUCUGGGUCUGGCUGCGGCCGUCAGCACAUGUAAACAAAGACAGGGUUGGUCACACCAGGACUUACUCAGGCUCUCCCACACCAAACCAGCCGAUGAAGCUAUUGCCCUGAUCUGCCAGUAUGUAACCAAGGAAUGGAAAGAUGUCCAAGUGGCGUACGCCGACAGAGACAACUCGGAUGAGGUAUCCAAGGUGCUGUCCUAUCUGGAAGUGGUGGAGAAGGCCAGGCACAGUUGUGACGAAACCGAGGUCAUUACUUUGAUUGAGGAACACAACUUGGAGAGAGAGCAGCUUCUUACAGACCACCUCAAGUCCAAAUCGGUGUGGAGAGCGUUGCUAAAGGAAAUGCCUCUCCAGUCAGCACUAAAGAUCCUGGGGAAAAUGACAUUCAAAAAGGUGCUUCAGCCUGGUAGUUCGGAAACCGAAGCGCUGUGUGAGAGAAUCCGCAGCGAGGCAGCGCUAAAAAAGGCAAAAGUGCACCCAUUUAGCAUCCAGUUGGCUGCUGAAAACUACAAACGAGGCCAAGGCUAUGAGGGGAAAAGUAAAUGGGAAGCAGACGCCGACAUCCUCAAAGCCCUGGACUUUGCUUUUUACAAGAGUUUCUUUAAUGUGGAGCGAGUGGGAAAAAGGUUCAUUGUGGCCGUGGAUGUGAGCACGUCCCUGACCAGUAUGGUCCCAGGGACAUCAGUCAGCACUGCAGUCGCGGCCGCACUGGUUGCAAUGGUGUUUGCCAGAACAGAGAAGGGCACGCGUGUGCUGGCAUACUCUGAAGGAGCUUUGAAGCCGUGCGCCGUGUCAGCCGACAUGACCCUCGCACAAAUGACCGAUAAUCUCAUAAAGAUCCCCGGAAAGAGCACUGAUUGCACUCUUCCAAUCACAUGGGCCAUCAAGAAAGGCACACCUGCAGACGUCUUCAUCAUUCUCACCAACAACGCUUUGUCGCCUCACUCCGCCAACCCAGUGGCCACGCUAAAGAAGCACCGAGAAAAAUUAAGGUGCCAGUCCAAGUUGGUGAUUUGCGGGCUGACCUCAGGUGGGGGAACCCUGGGGGACCCGGGGGACAAAGGUGUACUGAACAUCAGCGGCUUUGAUCUCGGAGCCUUUACCGUCAUCCGUAACUUUGCCAACAACCUGGUGUAGAAGUGGUGCCAAACAUGGAAUUGUAUCGUUUUGUCUGCAAAAUGAAGGCUCAAUUGGCUCAGACUAGAACGUAGAGUGCAACUAAUCAAAGAACAUGAAGUGUCCAGCAGGCUGGGAGUCACGAAAAUGUGCUCUUAGGCGAUGGUUUCAUACCGGGCUGGCAAAGCAAUCAAUGAAUUCAACUGGUUGUUGAAGAGGUGAAUGCUAGCUUGACUGGCUGCAGUUACACUUGAGGACAGAAUUAAAAUGACAUUUGUGUUCAAGUAUCUUCCAAAUAGGUUGUCCAUGCAGCUUUUCCUCUAAUAUUUACUUUGCAAACACAAACAACCACUUGAUAGAAGUACCAGGACCGAAAUGAUUAGCCCUCUUGAUGCUAACAGGCAGCUGUGUCAUUUUCGCUAGUGUUAGUUUUCCACUAGUCCCACUAACAUCUCCUCAGCAACCCCAGCCCAUUCCUCUGUGGCAAACCUCUCAAGUGCCCCCACAUUGGAUGGUCUUCUGCCAUGGACCUGGGUCUGCAAUUCUCCCCAAAACAUUCUUCAUGGGAUUAGUGCAGAACAUUGACUUUGACCCCCUGGUGGUAGUUCUUCACCAGGAGUGACGUAGGCUUUGAUUUGUUAACAUGUUGGAAGACUUUAAGGUUUUACUACUUACGUAUAAAAUACUACACGGUCUAGCUCCAGCCUAUCUUGCCGAUUGUAUUGUACCAUAUGUCCCGGCAAGAAAUCUGCGUUCAAAAGACUCCGGCUUAUUAGUGAUUCCUAGAGCCCAAAAAAAGUCUGCGGGCUAUAGAGCGUUUUCCGUUCGGGCUCCAGUACUCUGGAAUGCCCUCCCGGUAACAGUUCGAGCUGCUACCUCAGUAGAAGCAUUUAAGUCUCACCUUAAAACUCAUUUGUAUACUCUAGCCUUUAAAUAGACCUCCUUUUUAGACCAGUUGAUCUGCCGCUUCUUUUCUUUCUCCUAUGUCCCCCCCCUCCCUUGUGGAGGGGGUCCGGUCCGAUGACCAUGGAUGAAGUACUGGCUGUCCAGAGUCGAGACCCAGGAUGGACCGCUCGUCUGUAUCGAUUGGGGACAUCUCUACGCUGCUGAUCCGCCUCCGCUUGAGAUGGUCUCCUGUGGACGGGACUCUCGCUGCUGUCUUGGAUCCGCUUUGAACUGAACUCUCGCGGCUGUGUUGGAGCCACUUUGGAUUGAACUUUCACAGCAUCAUGUUAGACCCGCUCGACAUCCAUUGCUUUCGGUCCCCUAGAGGGGGGGGGGGGGUUGCCCACAUCUGAGGUCCUCUCCAAGGUUUCUCAUAGUCAGCAUUGUCACUGGCGUCCCACUGGAUGUGAAUUCUCCCUGCCCACUGGGUGUGAGUUUUCCUUGCCCUUUUGUGGGUUCUUCCGAGGAUGUUGUAGUCGUAAUGAUUUGUGCAGUCCUUUGAGACAUUUGUGAUUUGGGGCUAUAUAAAUAAACAUUGAUUGAUUGAUUUAUUGACUAAGCCGUGUGUGACCCAGAUCCAGUUUUGCUGCUGACUGCAUGAGGUUUUGAACCGAUGGCUUGUACAGUCCAGGUAGAGAACGACACUUGGUCCCGGGUGGAGGAGUUGAAGUAUCUCGGGGUCUUGUUCACGAGUCAGGAAAAGAUGGGGAAGGAAAUCAGCCGGAGCAGCUGGGGCAGUAUUGCGGUCUCUCUGCCGCACUGUUGUGACGCAACAAGAACUGAGCCAGAAGGCAAAUCUUUCGGUCUACCGAGCUAUAUGCUUUCCUACUCCCACCUGUGGUCAUGAAGUGUGGGUCAUGACCGAAAAAAUAAGAUCACAGAUACAAGCGGCCGAAAUGAAUUUCCUUCAGACGGGUGGCUGGCAUCUCCCUUAGAGAUAGGGUGAGAAGUUGAGUCACCCGAGAGAGACUCUGAGUAGAGACACUGCUCCUUCGCUUGGAAAGGAGCCAGCUUAGGUGGUUGGGGCAUCUUGUGCAGAUGCCUCACAAGCGUCUCCCUAGGGAGGUCCUCCUUGCACGUCCCCCUGGAAGGAGACCCCGGGGCAGGCCAAGGACCAGAUGGGGGGGGGGGGUUUACAUCUCCUCUCUGGCCUGGGUAUGCUUUGGGAUUCCCCAGGAUAGAAGUUGCUAAUGUUGCUCUGGAGAGGGAAGUCUGGGGGUCUCUGCUGGAGCUGUUGUCCCUGCCCCCCCAUUUGAAGAUGGAUGGAUUUCUUGCCAAUAUUUUUCUUUAAGACUCUUUACACCUUGACUAGAUUCCUACUUCCAAAUGCACUGAAGCAACCCCACAGCAUGAUGCUCACACCACCAUGUUUCACUGUGUGGACCGUGGUCUUUAACUUGUACCCUUCUUUUUACAAACAUAGGCGGUGUCUUCAUGGCCAAAGAACUGUAGUUUAAAUAGACUCCCUUUUUAGACCAGUUGAUCUGCCGUUUCUUUUCUUUUUCUCCUAUGUCCCACUCUCCCUUGUGGAGGGGGUCCGGUCCGAUCCGAUAGCCAUGUACUGCUCGCCUGUGUAUCGGCUGGGGACAUCUCUGCGCUGCUGAUCCGCCUCCGCUUGGGAUGUUUUCCUGCUGGCUCCGCUGUGAACGGGACUCUCGCGACUGUGUUGGAUCUGCUUUGGACUGGACUCUCGCGACUGUGUUGGAUCCACUAUGGAUUGAACUUUCACAGUAUCAUGUUAGACCCGCUCGACAUCCAUUGCUUAUCCCCUCUCCAAGGUUCUCAUAGUCAUCAUUGUCACCGACGUCCCUCUGGGUGUGAGUUUUCCUUGCCCUUAUGUGGGCCUACCGAGGAUGUUGUAGUGGUUUGUGCAGCCCUUUGAGACAUUAGUGAUUUAGGGCUAUAUAAGUAAACAUUGAUUGAUUGAUAGUUUAGUUCCAUCUGAGCAAAGGACACACUUAUCAGUUUGCAUGGCCUAUCUCUAGUUUGUCCUUGGCAUACUUCAGUCCGGCUCCAAUGUGUCUCUUUUGCAAGAAGUGGACUUUACCUUGAUCUGCAGUCCAAUCCUGUUUGGGGCUGCAGUGAUUGACUUCUUUUGAGACUACAGUUCAAGACUUGGCCAAGUCAUUCGCUGGUGUCUUGGCACUUUUUCUGGGGUCUUAGACUGAUCUUUCACUAGCUUUGUUUAUCAGAAUCUGUGAAGUCUUUCGUGUCCUCUGCCAGGCAGUCUUUGAAUUUCUUGAUCCUUUCCAAGACACUAACUAACUUUGUGUAUCCAUCUCCUGCUUUGUGGUCGUGUCUCUUUUGCAAGAAGUGGACUUUACCUUGAUCUGCAGUCCAAUCCUGUUUGGGGCUGCAGUGAUUGACUUCUUUUGAGACUACAGUUCAAGACUUGGCCAAGUCAUUCGCUGGUGUCUUGGCACUUUUUCUGGGGUCUUAGACUGAUCUUUCACUAGCUUUGUUUAUCAGAAUCUGUGAAGUCUUUCGUGUCCUCUGCCAGGCAGUCUUUGAAUUUCUUGAUCCUUUCCAAGACACUAACUAACUUUGUGUAUCCAUCUCCUGCUUUGUGGUCGUGUCUCUUUUGCAAGAAGUGGACUUUACCUUGAUCUGCAGUAUUGAUUGACUUCUUUUGAGACUACAGUUCAAGACUUGGCCAAGUCAUUCACUGGUGUCUUGGCACUUGUUCUGGGGUCUUAGACUGAUCUUUCACUAGCUUUGUUUAUCAGAAUCUGUGAAGUCCUUUGUGUCCUCUGCCAGGCAGUCUUUGAAUUUCUUGAUACUUUCCAAGACACUAACUAACUUUGUGUAUCCAUCUCCUGCUUUGUGGUCGUGUCUCUUUUGCAAGAAGCGGACUUUACCUUGAUCUGCAGUCCAAUCCUGUUUGGGGCUGUAGUGAUUGACUUCUUUUGAGACUACAGUUCAAGACUUGGCCAAGUCAUUCGCUGGUGUCUUGGCACUUGUUCUGGGGUCUUAGACUUAUCUUUCACUAGCUUUGUUUACCAGAAUCUGAAGUCUUUCGUGUCCUCUGCCAGGCAGUCUUUGAAUUUCUUGAUACUUUUCAAGACACUAACUUUGUGUAUCCAUCUCCUGCUUUGUGGUCAUCAAUGUUAAGUUGUUGUUUUUUAAGUCUAAACUGAUUUAUUUAGUUUUCGGCAUGAUGCUUUCAGUGUCAACCAUCUUCUUCACUGCCCUACAGAGUCUUGUGUUCAUUGUUUGGAUUCCAACACUUGACUGCUGGGAGUUUUGAAGGGGGGGCUAAUCAUUUUGACUCUUGUCAUGUUUUUGUGAAGUAACUUGGAUCCUGUGUACGAAUAAACAGACCGACCCUUGAGGGCUGAUUUAGCGGGUGUGAAGAAAGCGAAAGGGUUUCAUAUAGUUAUCCCACUGAUUUAUAUUUAUUGAAUAUUAGCAUUGUUUGCUCAUUUGAGUUACUGCUUUAAUGACAGUCUGUUUGCUUUCCACCAUGUCGGAUUAACACUAAAAAGCAGUCUGUCCCUUGUCGAAUGUUUCAGGAAAAAUAUAGCCAUGCGUUUUGGAAAGGUCUUUUUUCACUGGUACUAUUUUAAAUAGAAUAAUGUGUUACAUUAGGAAAAGGCCACUUUCUGACACUGUACCACAGUAGUUGUGCUGAAUGGAAAUGUAACUGUGGAGAACAUAUUUAUUGUUACAAUAGUAGACAAAACUGCUUGUAACUUCCGGUAGGAAUGUCAGAGAGACAUGAAACAAAAACCACUAUGUAGGUCUCACUUAGACCUACAUUUGAAGAAUUAACAUACUUUGGCAAAAAAUCAACAGGAAGCUUGAUAUUUUCACUUCAAUACAACAACUGCAUUACUUUCACAAUGCAUUAAAUAGUGCCACCAAGGCGUCUUCAACCGUGGGGCUUGGGGGCAGCAGCCCAAGGCGCGCUCGCACCUUCGCACCCUAAUUUGACCCCCCUUGCCAUAUUUCAAAACUCACCAAAUUUGACACACACAUCGGUAUGGAGCGGCAGACCAACUUAUUAAGCAACCAAACCCCAACAAUGAAAAUUGCGCGCUAGCGCCCCCUAGGAAGAGACAAAAAACAGACCGCUUGUAACUUCCGUUAGGAAUGUCGUAGAGACAUGAAACAAAAACCUCUAUGUAGGUCUGACUUAGACCUACAUUUCCAAUUGGAACCUUCUGUAGCAAAAAUCAACAGGAAGUUGGCAAAAACCCCUUCAAAACAAAAUGUUCACAAAAAAUUCAAUUUUUGUCUCUUUGUACUGAAAUUUGACACCCUUAAAAUGCUUCAAAACUCACCAAAUUUGACACACACAUCGGUAUGGAGCGGCAGACCAACUAAUUGAGCAACCAAACCCCAAAAAUGAAAAUUGUGCGCUAGCGCCCCCUAGGAAGAGACAAAAAACAGACUGCUUGUAACUUCCGUUAGGAAUGUCGUAGAGACAUGAAACAAAAACUUCUAUGUAGGUCUUACUUAGACCUACAUUUCCAAUUGGAACCUUCUAUAGCAAAAAUCAACAAGAAGUUGGCAAAAACCCCUUCAAAACAAAAUUUUCACAAAAAAUUCAAUUUUUGCCUCUUUGAACUGAAAUUUGACCCCCUUAAAAUGCUUCAAAACUCACCAAACUUGGCACACACAUCAGGACUGGCAAAAAUUGCGAUCUAGUGAAAAAACCAAACCUUAAAACUCAAAAUUGCGCUCUAUUGCAAUUUUUGAAUAAAACGCAGAAACAACUGCUCCUAGGAAGAGGAAACAGAUAAAACUGCUUGUAACUUCUGGUAGGAAUGUCGGACAGACAUGAAACAAAAACCUCAAUGUAGGUCUCACUUAGACCUACAUUUUGAUGAUUGGCAUCUUUCGGUUAAAAUCAACAGGAAGUUGGCAAUUACCCCUUCAAAAUAAAAGUUUUGUAAAAAGCCGUCACCUUUUUCCAGACAAAACUGCUUGUAACUUCUGUUAGGAAUGUCGUAGAGACAUGAAACAAAGACCUCUAUGUUGGUCUGACUAAGACCAAGGCUUCAGUCGCGGGGGCAGCAGCCGAAGCGGAGCAGCCAAAGGCGGACCCGACCAACGCUGCUUGCAGCUUUAAUUAUUGUUACAAUAGUAAACAUCAUAUGAUGUUUUUUGGGGACGGGAAUCAGCAACCCCAAGUCCGAGUCCAUGGUUCUCGUCCGGGAAAGGGUGGAGUGCCAUCUCCGGGUUGGGGAGGAGACCCUGCCCCAAGUGGAGAAGUUCAAGUACCUGGUAGUCUUUUUCACCAGUGAGGGAAGAGUGGAUGGUGGCGGUAAUGCGGACGCUGUAUCGAUCCCUUGUGGUGAAGAAGGAGCUGAGCCGGAAGGCAAAGCUCUCAAUUUACCGGUCCAUCUACGUUCCCAUCCUCACCGAUGGUCAUGAGCUUUGGGUUACAACCACAAGGACAAGAUCACGGGUACAAGCGGCCCAAAUGAGUUUGGGUCUCUCCCUUACAGAUAGGGUGAGAAGCUCUGUCAUCCAGAUGAGGUGGUUCGGGCAUCUGGUCAGGAUGCCACCGGAACGACUCCCUAGGGAGAUGUUUAGGGCACGUCCGACGGGUAGGAAGCCACGUGGUAGACCCAGGACACGUUGGGAAGACUGUGUCUCCCGGCUGGCCUGGGAACGCCUCGGGAGGAGCUGGACCAAAUGGCUGUGGAGAGGGAAGUCUGGGCUUCUCUGCUUAGGCUGCUGCCCCCGUGACCCCACCGUGGAUAAGCGGAAGAAGAUGGAUGGCAUCAGAAAUGAGACUUUUGAGUUUUAAUGUAACACAAUGAAAGUGACACAGCCGUUUGAGUCCGGGUUCUAGUGCUGAUAUCAGUCCUGGUUCUAGUGCUAAUAACAGUCCUGGUUCUAGUGCUAAUAAUAGUCCUGGUCCUAGUGCUAAUAACAGUCCUGGUUCUAGUGCUAAUAAUAGUCCUGGUUUUAGUGCUAAUAAUAGUCCUGGUUCUAGUGCUGAUAAUAGUCCUGGUUCUAGUGCUAAUAAUAGUCCUGUUCUAGUGCUAAUAACAGUCCUGGUUCUUGUGCUAAUAAUAGUCCUGGUUCUAGUGCUAAUACUAGUCCUGGUUCUAGUGCUAAUAACAGUCCUGGUUCUAGUGCUAAUAAUAAAAGCCUUGGUUUUAGUGCUAAUAACAGACCUGGUUUUAGUGCUAAUAAUAGUCCUGGUCUAGUGCUAAUAAAAGUCCUGGUUCUAGUGCUAAUAAAAGUCCUGGUUCUAGUGCUAAUAAUAGUCCUGUUUCUAGUGCUAAUAAUAGUCCUGGCACUAGUGCUAAUAAUAGUCCUGGUUCUAGUGCUAAUAACAGUCCUGGUUCUUGUGCUAAUAAUAGUCCUGGUUCUAGUGCUAAUACUAGUCCUGGUUCUAGUGCUAAUAACAGUCCUGGUUCUAGUGCUAAUAAUAAAAGCCUUGGGACUAGUGCUAAUAACAGACCUGGUUUUAGUGCUAAUAAUAGUCCUGGUCUAGUGCUAAUAAAAGUCCUGGUUCUAGUGCUAAUAAAAGUCCUGGUUCUAGUGCUAAUAAUAGUCCUGGUUCUAGUGCUAAUAAUAGUCCUGGCACUAGUGCUAAUAAUAGUCCUGGUUCUAGUGCUAAUAACAGUCCUGGGUCUAGUGCUAAUAACAGUCCUGGGACUAGUGCGAAUAAUAGUCCUGGUUCUAGUGCUAAUAACAGACCUGGUCAUAGUGCUAAUAAUAGUCCUGGUUCUAGUGCUAAUAAUAGUCCUGGUUCUGGUGCUAAUAAUAGUCCUGGUUCUAGUGCUAAUAAUAGUCCUGGUCCUAGUGCUAAUAAUAGUCCUGAUUCUAGUGCUAAUAACAGUCCUGUUUCUAGUGCUAAUAAUAGUCCUGGUCUAGUGCUAAUAAAAGUCCUGGUUCUAGUGCUAAUUAUAGUCCUGGUCUAGUGCUAAUAAAAGUCCUGGGUCUAGUGCUAAUUAUAGUCCUGGUCUAGUGCUAAUAAAUGUCCUGGGUCUAGUGCUAAUUAUAGUCCUGGUUCUAGUGCUAAUAAUAGCCAUGUUACAAAUAUUUGACACAACAUAUAGUUGUUGAAUUCUGCUCAGUUUAUGACUGCACUGUCUGAAGCUGAAUAAAAACACUUAGCUGCU